AAAAUGCAAAUUCCCGCCAAAAGAAUAAUCAUUUGUUAAGCGAAGCAUGGAAAGCUUGUGACUUCAUGUUAUGAAAAAAUUCGUUGUAUGGGGCUGUUUUUUCUUUAGAAGCUAAUCGUAAAACCAGCUGUAAAAUCUGUAGUUUAUGAUAGUAAGUAUAGGAGCUCUGUUUAUGUACAGCAGGCCUCGUAUCCUUGUUACUGCGACUUAUUAACGAUAAACACUCUCAACUUGUCGCCAAGACACUGAGCAUGCGCGCGUGAUGUAAACAGAAGCUCCUCAGUGAACAUGCAGUUUAAGAAAGUACUUUUCGCGUGUAUACUCGUGGUGCUCGUAGAGCUCCUUUUCCUCAACUAUUACUAUGGGCCUGCGAGCAAGAAGAAAUCAAAAUCUAGCGGCUAUCGCCUACUCACAGCAGGAGAUCUCCCGGAUGACGGCCCAGACCUCUUUGAAAAAAUGUUCCCAGAUUGGGACCAGGUUUCUUCGAAUUCUAGCGAUUCGGAUGAUCCCUUCGACCAAGACUCCACAGAUAUCAUUCACCCUGAGCUGCCAGAAAAAGAUAUAUUUGUGCUUUUCUUGGUAACCUCAAUGCCUGAGAGUUUUGAGCGACGUCAGCUUAUCCGAACCACGUGGGCGAACACGUGGAAAAGCAACAAGAAAGAUGGUAAGGCUGCGAAAUCACUCUACAAGAGGCGCGGCCAACCGGAUGUGACGAUUUACUGUGUAUUUAUGGUCGGCAUAAGUACUAUUGCUAAGUACAACAGGAGAAUAGCAAAGGAGGCGUCAAUAUUGGGUGAUAUCUACCGCACGAAGAUAGAGGAGAGUUACAGGAAUAUGAUAUUCAAGGUUUGGGACGCGUAUAAAUGGGCUCUAGGUGUAUCCCCCAAGUACAUAUUCAAGGCUGACGACGACAUCUACGUGAAUAUACCUCGCCUUAUUCACUGGCUUAAAACAGACCAGAACAUCAAAGAGAAUCUUUACGCGGGCUAUGUAGUGUAUAAGCAGAAAAUAGAACGAGAUGAAGAAAAUGAUUGGUUCGUGAACAGUACUGACUUACAACAGGGAACCUAUCCUAAUUAUUGUAUCGGUCCAUACUAUAUAUUCUCGGGGAAUCUUCUGGAAGGGUUGAUCCAUGCCGCCUCUAAACGGCAGAAGUUCCCGGUGGAGGACGCCUACAUGGGCGUGGUCAUGAGGGAUAAUUACGUGACCCCGUACAACGUGGGGAAUAGCUUGUUCAUCUACGAUGGGUCUCACGGUGUCCUUGCCUUGGAAUACACUGAAGAGAAGUUAAAACAUGCCGUCUGCAUCGGCGAAAGGCUGCAGGCAAAACACAUACAACAGCUACAUGAAAGAUAUGUGUACAUUAGAAAGCGAAUUGAUGGAAAACUAUAGUACUUGUUUGGCUACAAGUGAAGUGAGCGAAAGCUGUAGUACUCAGAGGUUAUAAAAAAGACUGUGUAUACAUUACAUGGUCUAUUGAAGGAGAUGAAAGAAAAAUAUAAAACUUGCUUGGCUGCUUUACAUACAGGGGGUUGUUUAAUGAUAAUUAAAACUGUUUAUCCAGUGCUACUUGCGGAAGGGCAGUACUGUAUUAGCAGAAGUACAGCAUCUUUCGAAAUCUUGCUUCGUUUAGGGUUAAUAUGGCUGAAAAACAAAUAACUUUACUCAAUUCUUCCCCACUCAGAGAUAAUUGAUCGAAAUUUACAAAGUUAUCCAAACAAAAAAAACAAUAUACCAGUUAUACUAAACAAAACAAAAAUAUUCCAGUCAUACCAAAAAUUAAACAAUAUUCCAGUUAUACCAAAAAUUAAACAAUAUUCCAGUUAUACCAAACAAAAAACAAAGUAGAGAUAGUGCAGGUGUGUACCUAGGAUUGGCUGAAGGGGAGUGCGCAGUUCUAGGUAUCACAUGGUAAUAGCAUCGUCUACAACUUUUUCUUUAACAUUCUCCAAAAGCGCUCUGCCGCACGCGCCCAUACCGCGAGGUAGUAUGGGUAAUAUAUUUUGUUUUAGAGUUUUCAGUUUGUUUACAGGGCUUAAUUAAAUAUGCCGCGGUCUUAUAGCGAAGACCUUCGCUUGAAACAUCAUAUGUUACUCAUACUACCUCGCAGUAUGGGCGCGUAAGAGCGCUCUUGGACAACGUUUUUUGAAAUAGCUGUAUGAAGAUUUCUAAUAAGAAAUGAUCCCUUUUUGGCCUUCAAUGGGGGUGCGCGCGCACCCUGUGUACGCGCCUGAAAAUGUGAGGGAUAACAAACAUUAGUUUACUCUUUUUUGCCUUUUUGUCAGGUUCAGAUUCGUAUUUUGUUAGGAAUUGAAGAAUUUCGUUAGAUUGACACGAGAUUUUUUUACAGAAACUGGACAGAAAUAGCGAAGUUAAAUUGCUUUAGCUCGCAUUAGACUCUAAAACAAAAACAAAUAUCUAAUUUAAUUAUUUAUUGUUUUAAUGAUUUGAAAACGUACUAUUUCUCCGUCUUUUAAUGUGGGUCUUUUUUAUUUUAGGGUUUUUUCGAAGUAAGAAAGUCAUAAAGACAUGAAAUAUUGAAAUACAUCGAAAUGUUGUGUCCAA